CUCCGAGGGCAAGACUUCUUCACGCGUUCUUUCUUUCGUUUGUUUUUUGCUGAAGUAGAGGUAACGUCUUGGAAUAUCACCACGCGCCAAACUUUAAGAACAACCAAGCAGCAUGGCUUCCCCGGCAGAAACCUCCGUGACUUACGAGGAGUUGCGCGAUCUCGAGAACGAAUUCGAGGAUGUCGAGACCGAGAUUAUCCGCCAGCAGGUCCAGCUGUCCCGCCCCCUCUACGAGAAGCGUGAGAAGGUCGUAGCCCAGAUCCCCAACUUUUGGCCCCUGGUUUUCGAGCAGGCGCCACAAGACAUUGACGAGUACAUCCAACCCCAAGACUCCGCCCUCUUGCUAUCGUCUCUCUCUUCCUUUUCUGUCUCCCACUUCGAAAUCGAGAACGGUGGCUCCGGAGACCCCCGUAGCGUCCUCUUCCGUUUCGAAUUUGCCGAAAACGAGUACUUCGAGGACAAGGUGCUGGAGAAGAAAUUCUGGUCGCGCAGAAGCAAAGGCGGUUGGACAGGCUUGGUCAGCGAGCCGGUGAACAUCAAGUGGAAGAAGGGCAAGGACCUUACGAGUGGCCUGCUCGGCUUGGUCAACGCCGUCUGGGAAGAGGAGAAGGCUGCUGGCAACCAUUGGUCCACCGUCAAGGGCGAGGAUUUCACGGACAAGCAAAAGGAACUCAAAAACCAGAUUGAGAAAAUUGGGCUCGGAGGCCUUAGCUUCUUUGCCUGGUUCGGCUACAGGGGCAGGAGAGUAUCUGCCGAGGAAAACAAGGCAGCCAUUGAAAAGCUUCAAGAAAAGCGACAAGCCAGAAAGGCUACCGCAGAGGCCGGUGAAAGCAAGAAGGAGGAAGACGAGGAAGAGGAGGAGGAGGAGGAGGAGGAGGAGGAGGAGGAGGAGGAGGAUGAGAUCGAGUUGGAGAUCUUUCCGGAUGGCGACAGCCUUGCACUUGCUCUCUCAGACGACCUGUGGCCCGGUGCUAUCAAGUACUUCACCCAAGCACAAGAACAGGAGUUGGCAAGCGACGACGACUUUGAAGAUGACGAUGACGAUGAUGCUGAUGAGGACGAUGAGGAGGAUGAUGCCGACGCCAGGCCGGCCAAGAAGCGCAAGGCGUAAACAGACAAAAGGAACGACAUCUCUUGGUGAUAUACGGAACUUUUGGCGCAAAAGCGUAGUGCCUUCUAUUACGAUCUCGACGAAAUGCAAUUUAUUCGCAGCUCAAGAUCACCGGACAUCGAUUCGGACGGCUUGACAACAAUACAGAUUACUUGGAUUACAUCAGAGGUUUGGGUGCUGAAUCGCAUGCAGCAUUGCAAUCGAAGCUAGCCGCCAGGUUGACCCUUGGCCUUUUCGGGUCCGAUCAACAUCGUCCGGUCUUGGCGUCAAGUCCAGACUGCUUCAAAGGGCACCACAAGGAUCACAGUUUUAAACAACCAUCGACCUUUACUAAUGGCGAUCAAUGACUAAUAUGCCAAUAUGGAAAUUUAUGGAUGCUAUGGAUAUGUUUGAAUUUUUCAUUGAAAUCUUUUAACGU